AUGACAACAGUGAGAACAUUGUUAUCCAUUGCUGCCAUUAAGAAUUGGCAUUUACACCAACUUGAUGUAAACAAUGCUUUUCUUCAUGGAGAUUUAAAUGAAGAGGUGUAUAUGCAACUACCACCAGGGUAUUCUUCACCAACUGAUCCGAGAGUUUGCAAACUCAAAAAGAGCCUAUAUGGUCUAAAGCAGGCCUCAAGACAAUGGUUUUCCAAAUUGUCAUCUUCUCUACUUCAAUUUGGUUUUAUUCAAGGGAAGUCUGACUCCUCUCUAUUCAUCAAGCAUAAUUCAAACAGUUUUAUAGCACUCUUGAUUUAUGUUGAUGAUGUGAUUCUUGCUUCUAAUAAUCUUGCUGAUAUAGUCAAUGUCAAAAGGUUCUUACACGACUCUUUCACUAUAAAAGACUUGGGAGAACUAAAGUACUUCUUGGGGAUAGAAGUGGCUCGAUCAACCAAAGGCAUAACUUUAUGCCAACGAAAAUAUGCCUUAGAUAUCUUGCAAGAUAGUGGUUUUUCAGGUUGUAAACCUGUGGCAUUUCCUAUGGAGUCUACAUUAAAACUGAGUGCAAAUGACUCAUCUCCACCUUUGACAGAUCCUGCACAAUACAGAAGAUUAGUGGGCAGGCUAUUGUACCUCACUAUAACUAGACCUGACUUAUCCUACUCAGUCCAAGCACUAAGCCAGUUCAUGGCUAAUCCUAGUAGUAAUCAUCUUCACGCUGCUGAAAGAGUCCUCAGGUAUAUCAAAGCAACACCAGGCCAAGGUAUAUUUCUGUCUGCACAUUCCCCUCUUCAUCUAAAAGCCUACUCAGAUAGUGAUUCGGGUGGUUGUAUUGACACUAGAAAGAGUAUCACUGGAUUCACAGUGUUUCUUGGUGACUCUCUUAUAUCAUGGAAAUCAAAGAAACAGCCAACAGUUAGUCGAUCCUCAGCUGAGUCUGAAUACAGAGCUCUAGCCUCUACCACAUGUGAACUACAAUGGUUGAUCUACUUGCUAGCUGACUUAAAGGUCCCUCAUCCACAGGCUAUUCUGCUUUAUACAGACAGCAAACCAGCUUCUGACAUUGCAUCAAACCCUGUCCAACAUGAAAGAACAAAGCACAUCCAACUCGACUGCCAUUUGGUCCGAGAAAAAUUGCAAGAAGGAGAAAUAAGUGUGAACCGCCGAUCUAGGUCUUCCCGCCGCCACAAGCCAGCACGCGCCCCGCCAUGGUAA